CGGGAAUCCCAGCAACACAACACUCGCCACUGCCUGCUGUAGGCUUCUCAGUGCUGUUUGGGGUGACUAACUGUGCCCGGGCCCCUUCCAAGGACUAUUCUCCUCCGCACAGCAGCAGAACAAAGUCCUCUUUAUACUGUCACCAUGGAAGCUGCAACAGCAGAAAGAGGCUGACUCUGCCUGUUUAUACAGCUCUGUCCUGCCUACAGAUCUCCAAAGCUGGCACCAUGCUGCCCAGACCCAAGACCACCUUCACCCUCAAGCAGGACCCCCGAGAGAUCAUGGUCAGAAGCUCAAAGUCUCCAAAAAUAAGUGACCGCGCCGCGGUGCAGAGCGUCACCCUCAACUGCCUGCCGGGAGAACAUGUCCAUGUGGAGUCGCUGAGAGUCAGAAAACGCAUGCAUUUUAAAGAUGGCCACCGUGAAGUCUACGGCACCUUGUACUGCACCAGCUACAGGAUUGCCUUCCGGCCAGACUGCAUACGCUCCCCCCAGGAUUCCUCCGGUGAGGCGUUAUUUGACAACGACAAUGACAUCGCCCUGCCCUGCGUUGACAGGAUUUUGGCAGUGGCCGGACAGAGUAAAGUAAAGGUUGUUACUCCUUCGCUGAGCCUGAAGUUCGUUCCGGAAGAACUUAUGAUCCAUUACAGAGGAUUCCGCCUAAUGCACUUCCACUUCAGUGACAACGGCUUGAAGACCGAGGCCUACACUAUGACAAACGCCAUGAUUAAGAACCAGCAGCUGAUCAGCUCAGCCACACAUCGGGAGGAAGCCAUGCUUCGAAGUCUAGAUAGGCGGGAAAGCGAAGCACGAAUGGACUACCCUACAAGGCUUUUCGAGUCGCUAGCAGACUGGGAGAACGAAAUCGAAAGGCUCGGAGCGACCGCCUGGAGAGUGACGCCCCUUAAUGAGCGUUGUGACACCUGUACCAGCCUCUCCAAGUACUUUGUGGUCCCCUGCAAGCUCUUGGACAAUGACCUAAAGAAGACAUUUGCACAUUUCCAGCAGAGGCGGAUAGCUCGAUGGUCGUGGCAUCACCCGUGUGGAAGUGACCUGCUGAGAGCGGCUGGAUUUCAAUCCAACACCGACCCCGAUAAAGAGGACCUGAAGUCAAUGCGACUGCUGUUAUUCGUCAACCAUUCACAGUGUGUGGUCAUCGACACCUCUGAAGACCUUCCUUCCAUCUCCGACAUCCAGAUCUCUUACCUUAAAUUGCGCAGCUUGUGCUCAGCUGAUGCAUCAACACCCACACCUGAUGAAAAAUGGCUUUCCAACCUGGAAGGAACCAGGUGGCUUGACUAUGUGAGGUUGUGCCUCAAGAAAGCCAGUGACGUUGCCAUCUUGUUGGGUGAACGGAGGCGAUCAGUAGUCCUUCAAGAAUCUGAGGAUCGAGACUUGAACUGUCUGUUGGCAUCGCUGAUCCAGUUGGUUCUGGACCCCCAUACACGAACCUUGUCCGGCUUCCAGAGUUUGAUUCAGAAGGAAUGGGUCUCUGCAGGACAUCCUUUCAUGCAAAGGAUAAACCACUUCAAAAGAUCUGACAAGGAGGAGUCUCCGGUGUUUCUGUUGUUCCUGGACUGUGUCUGGCAGUUUGUGCAGCAAUCACCAACAGCCUUCGAGUUUACGGAAUCUUAUCUGAUGGCCCUGCAUGAUAGCACUUACAAUCUGUUCUGUAGCACCUUCACUCACAACUGCCACUGGGACCGCAUAAGAGGAAGCCAGCGGCACUCAUCUAGCCAGACGUACACGCCGGUGAAUGGUUGGAGAGACAUAGUGAGAGAGAAGGUCCUGUUGAACGGAGAUUACAAGCCAGUGGAAGACGUGAAGGCCGUUCCUCCAACAGUCUGGGAAUGGAGCCUGUUCUACAGUCACGUGCGCAGACAGCAGUUCCGGAACCCCGUGUAUCAUGUCAGGGAACAUGCUGUAUUAAACGGCAAUGGAAGUGGGCACAAUGCUGACAAGAUGAAUGUCUCCAACAACUGCAGUGUGUACAUGCUCUCCAAGGGCUCCCUCGUCCUACAGUCUCCAUUAUUCCCAAGGAAAAUCGGUACAGUGUCUAAGCGGACGGCUCGCCGUGCCCAGUCUGCUGAGAGUUUACUGGAAGAAGAAAAACCAUUUAGGAGUAACGUCGCCACUUACAGCCCCGCAGAGGACCUUCUACUUCCUAUAAGUGUGGGGCCUUGGGUCACGCUAUGGAAAAGAUGUUACUUGCGCUACACCACAGACAUGGCACAGCAUGACGCCGGCCAUCCUCCAGCAACCAGCCUAGUCGAGGAGCUGAGGAUUCUUGAAGACAGACUGAGGAACCUCCAUACAUACAGCCGAGAUCAGAGACUUGGAGUACCCAGCCACCCUAAUGGCCUUACCCCUUCUUCCAACCGAUAGCAGCCACUUACGGGAACUUCAUACUGAACAGUCGUCCUUUUCACCGAUAUCUGCAGAUGGCUUUCUUCUGACUUAUUGGGGUGUUUGACACAUAAAAAGCUACAAUUCCAGUUUAAACGAAAUCAAUGCUGAAAGGUGGAGAGAAGACUGGAAAUCAGUGACUCUUGUAUAUAAAGACUACUUGUCUAUAAUAUUUAAGAAAAAAUAAGUAAAAUUAGCCUAUACUCUCUA